GGCGGAGCUACGUUUGUAAACUCACGUUGCACUCUGGACAGUCUGGUUCCCACAACAACAGAAAUAUAAGCUUAGUUUGAACUCGCCAGUCGUCAAGCGUCAUUUCACACACAAACCAUAACCAGAGAAGAGAAUUUAUCUUGUCACUGCCUGGAUCAGGGCUGUACAGAUGGACUGAAAUCAAACGAAUUGGACCACCAGAGAAGAUCCAACAUGGGCAACAAACGGAAAGCCUCCAAUGAGAUGGACAAAGAUUCAGAUGCCAGCUCAGGAUAUUACAGUGCUUUGGACCAGACAGACUUUGAAGACGGGGGACCAACCAGUACUGCAUCUCAAAACAUGCCGACAGCUUCUCGGGUGCCUUUCAUUCCUGGCGUCUCUCGCAUGAUCGUAAUGAACAACCUUGUCCUCAAGCAGCCAAACUCUGUGGCCCCUGCGUUAAAACCAUGGAGCUUAAACACUUCAUUGGAUGUGGUUCCUCAGUCUCAGCUGCUUUUCCUACAGCCAGUCAUACCCACCAGUGACGGUAGCAGCCAGAGCUCUGACAAGCAGAAACUUUCCAGAAAGCAUGUUCCCAUGCAAAACACCUUUGUCCCACACCCUCCACAAGGGUCUACAGUCGACCAGGGUCCCAGUGCCGUCCAUAAGAGGGCAAACCACAGUCACAGUGGUAGACAUCAACGACGCUGUUAUGAUGAAAAACCUUUCCACGGUUGCUCUUUGAAGCAGGAUGAUUCUGAGACAUGCACGGGAUAUGGAGUAGACCCUAACAUUGCUUCUUUGGGAGACAUGGGUGUGGAAAACCCCUCAUCCAGGCUUUCUGACCUUCAGGAGCCCCAUACCACCACUUCACCAUUUCACUCCCUCCUCGCUUCAUUCCCUCAGACGUGUCCCAAUUCUUCAGUCGCCCAGGGCAGUGAUGGGGAGAAUAUGUCAGAUGACUUCUCUCCAAGUUCCAGCAAACGCAAACGCUUCUGCAACACGUAUAAUAUUCUGAAUCGGUCAGGCCUGCUGGGCAUCACGCUGCGCACAAAGGAACUUAUUCGGCAGAACAAACGUUCCCAGGCCCAACUUCAGAGUCUGCAGGCUCAGACUGACCUCUUCUUGGAGGCCAUAUAUAGUGGAGACCCCAAAGUCUGGACCAGAUUACAGCUCAUCCUCCAGAACUCUAGAAACAGUGACGAGACGCCCAUGGAAUCACCGCUGGACUCUCUAAAGGAUGCGGACGAGGAUCCGGGUUGCAUUGUGUAGUAGCAGUAACUGCUGCAGGAUUAUGGAAUAACCAUAUUUUUGCUUAGACCUCAGAAGCUUUGGAAAUGUUCAGCUUCUCUUUGUAGAUUCAGUUGGAAAUGUCAAAGAUUUGAGACUUUGGAGAUUUAGUUAUCACAUCAUAUGCUAUCUGUCCGAUAUCAGUCAUCCUUACACCUGCGGUUUUGUCUAAAGUAUGUAAAUACAAUGCUUAGGUAACUGCAUUUUUUACUGAAUAAAGUGAUUCAUUUGAUAGUGAAAUAAUGCUAUACUCUGAGUUUAAAAACAAAGCGAUUAACCAUAUUUUAUUCUAAUUGGUUACUAUUUGGAAUGGAGGCCUUGGAACGCCGGAACUGGAAAGUACAAAUAUUUUCUGCUCCUAAUGACAAAAAUGGAAAAUAAAACAUUUAUUAUCUAAUAAAUGCCUUUGGGAAAUUACACAUAUUUGUGUGUUUUAUCUUUAAGAGAUUAUACUUAAGUGCACAAUAAUAUUUUUUUAAUUCAGUUAAAAAUGUGAAAUUCUGAUUCGUCCUCGUGACUAUUUGAGGAUUUGUAUAAUGUCUUUGUAAUAAACAUGAUUUGUAUGUGUUUAAUGUGUUUUCAUCUCCUAGUAAAUGUUUUGUUACGGUUAUCAAUGCGAAUAAAGAGUAAGAGGACUAAUAACCAUUUGUGCUGGGUGUAUUUGAAUGGUUAUUAUUUGUAAUGCAUUGUGAUGAAUUCUUAAGUGGGACGUUUGCAUAGAGAGAGUGUGAUUUUUCUUUCAGUUGGGGUGUGAAUGGGCAAAUUCUCUUCCUGUAGCAAUCUGUUAUACUGCAUGCAUACAGAUUGUUUGUGUUUGGGAAAGCAGGUACUAGGGUAAUGAGUGAGCUGGGAUGUAUUGUACUCUAUAAACAAGUUGUUGAUUUAUCAGAAGCCGAUAUUACACAAUUUUAUUAUUAUUUUAUUUUUUUUUUGCUGUAGAAAUCUAUGCAAUAGUCUUAGUAUUAGUGUUGUGUUGAAAUCAUUUGACUUUUUAUGUGCCUUAAAAAAUAAAGGCAUUUUAAAUAAAUUUCAAUUUAUGCACUGGUUU